AUGAGUUCCAGAUCACAAGCAGCAUCCCUGGAAGAUCCAAGUUCGCCUGCAGCAUCCCCAGAAAAUGACAAUCCGACUGCUGCAUCUCUGGAAAAUUUAAGUCUGUCUCCAGCAUCCCCGAUAAAUCUUAGCUCACCUGCAACAUCUACAGACAAUUUAAGUCCAACUGCAGCAUCACCGGAAUAUCUAAAUCCGCCAGCAGUAUCUCCAGAAAAUCCAAGUCCCUCUACUUCUGAACUACAAGGAAGAUUUCAACAUCUAUCAUCCUCAAAAUCCGACCCGUUUGAGGAUUAUGAAGAGUCCUAUAGGCCUUGUGAUCAGGAUGUGAUAAAAAAAUGCUCUUUCUGA